AGUGAACACCAAGCACGAAACCGCCCUCAUCUAGACCUCAAACCUUCCUCAUCAACCCGGCAUAUCCUGCUUUCACGCCUCCGCAACACCUUGACCCAUCCACAAGGACUCUCUUCCCCCUCCUCCUCGACCGUUCAGCCGUUGCAAUGGCUUCCCUCGCCAUGUUGCGUCUUUCUGUUCGCUCCGCAACCUCGUCAUUCACCAGACCUUGCAUCAGGAGAGCUCCUGUUGUAGCUCAGACAAUGGCCGCUCGAUCUCCUUUCAGCUCUUCUGCAACUCGCAAGAGCGCUGGACACGAGGAAGAGACCUUUGAAGAGUUCUCUGCCAGAUAUGAAAAGGAAUUUGAUGCUGUUCAGGAUGUUUUUGAGUUGCAGCGCAAUCUGAACAACGCAUUUGCCUACGAUCUUGUCCCCUCCCCCGGUGUUGUAACGGCUGCGCUCAAAGCUGCCAGACGCGUCAACGACUACCCCACCGCCGUUAGAAUAUUUGAAGGGAUCAAAGCCAAGGUUGAAAACCAACAACAAUACCAGGAAUAUCUGGAAGAAUUGAAGCCUCUGAGGGAGGAGCUUGGCGUCAAUCUCAAGGAAGAUCUUUACCCAGAUGACACCGACAGUCCAUUCCACAAGGCAUGAGAAGCGUCGGGCAACCCCAGCACCAUCAUUACCACCAUCGCCCGCUGAUCCCACCAAAUCACUUCCCGAAUUGCCGGCGAAGGCACAUGUUGCUUGGACAGGUUUGUCGGAUGUGUGCGCCAGCUCAAAAGAGAAUUGAAGAAGGCUCACGGAAUGACGCUCCUUCUCCCACGAUCCAUCUGUAGCUUUAUAUUGCAAGCAGCAGCAGUAAAGACUACCUACGCAGUAGUAGUUCCAAUGUACAGUCUCAGCCCUACA